AUUACAACAGCCCUGCAUGACAUCAACUUACCUUCCAAAAUGACCUGAAUCCACACAGUUGUUAAUAAUAGUUACUCUAUAUUAUUCAUAUAAAAUUAAAAUCAUCUAAUUAAAUAAUAAUUAUAAUUAUAUUUGAUUCCAACAUCUGUAAUUUAUCUACUUAAAGAGAGGUAUACUGUAUAAUGCUUGCUAAUCAACCAUUAUAUGGAACAGUGACUUAUGGUCAAACACCACAUCAUCAUUGCUACAGGCUUUGAAAGAGCCUGGUUAGCAGUAGCGCUGACCCUAAAGUUUAGUGCCACAGUUUAUACUCAAAGUCCUACAGUCUCUUGUUGACAUAGCCUCCACUUCUGCUAAGCAUCUUAAUACUUUAUAGGUAAAGAAUGCAUCAAAAUAAACCUGCAACCCUGCAAACAUCUUUUUAUCCACGAUGAAAACAAAUGCAAAUGAAGGCAGUGGAAUGUUAGUCUGCUGUUUACGUAACAUAAUAUUUGUACAGAAGUGACAGCCGGUCUUCAAAUUAUUUAUUAAAAUUUGUUGUGUGACAGGCUUUGUAUGAAAGUUAAAACGUUUUUUAACAAAGAUAUAGUCAAUACAAGCAACUUUAAUUGAGAUACAGGGAAAAAGCAUAAUGUCACAUAUCAUAUUGCACAGUGUUGGGAAAAGUAGACUAUUCAAAUCCUUUACUGGCAAUACCACAAUAAAAAUAAAAGGUCCUGCAUUCAGAACUUUACUUCAAUAAAAUUAAAAAAUAUUAGUGGUAAAGUUGAUGCAUUGCAUGUACAGUGAGCCACAGAGCUUGUUCGAAUAGGUGGUGCUAGUUCUGCUUCACUUACUAUUUGUUUACUGGUGGAUUAAACAAAGGCUAUGAUCAUAUCUUAAUCUGGAAACUACUAACUACAGCAAUCAGUUAAAUGUUGUGGAGUUAAAUAUUUUAGUCUGAAAUAUUGCAGAGUUAAUGUAUAAAUCCUUGUGCCUCACAGUCACAUUUGCAGUAAAUACACAGAGCUUAAGUAAAUAUUACUGUUCAUCUUUGCCAUAACAAAAUGACCCUCCCACAUUGAUUUACAAAGAACACAAUAGGUGGUUGUUGUUGUAUUUUUACUCUGGUUUGAACACAUUUCUGUUAAUGAUAGGCAGACAAGGGUUUGUAUUUAGUUCAACUUUAUGUGGUCAAACCAGUCGAGCUGCUGUGUGUGUUGUGUGUCAUUGUGUUACAUGGGAUUGUCUUCUCUCAAUGAAUUGGAUCAUUAGUGCAGGUCAAAGGUAUGUGGAUUGUUAUGAGAGUGAGUGCUAAACUUGUUUGUCAAGACACAGAUUACUAAGAACUAUAAAAUGUGGGAUCUUUGCCAAAUCCACAUAACAAGUCAAAGACCAUGUAACAAAUUGUAUGCUAUGUGUUUAAAUGCAGCAGUGUGUACAAAGCUACUUCAUUCUAGUGUUCAAGGUGGAGUUUGAUUAAAAAAUAGUUGUGGACUUUGACCCAUCUAGGUUGUGCUGGUUACACUGUAAUGAGAAAUUCCGAGCAGGGGGUUUCAGGAUUAUUUGCAUGUUGACAUGUAAGGGGCUACACACUAAAUCCAAGACAAACAGAAAGAGAGAGACAAGGGGAGAGAGAGAGACAGGGAGAGAGAGAGAGACAGCGGGAGAGAGAGACAGGGGGACAGACAGAGACGAGGGAGAGAGAGACGGGGGAAGGGAGGGACGUCUCCUGAGUCAGAACAGUGACGUUGUAUGGUUCAAUUUUCACAUGACUCAAACACUUCCAGGCAACUUUGACAAGGCGUACAACUGUAGAGAGAAAGCACAUUACUUACAGUGGAUUACUAAACACAGCCAUAACCAAAUGUGAAACCCAGGUAUCAACCACAGCUAUGCUCUAAAAGUUAGUCUCGAUUGACUGCCUUCCAUGCUAGUGUGCAGUUUCAGUCAGGAUAUCAUCAAGUUAAUCUCCAACCUAAAGUCAUGAUGCGUAGGAAGAUACUGGACUUGUUUGACAAGGUUUUCAUGUCACUCCUGGAGAAAGCUAUUUGGAGAAAAAUGCUGUAGGACUCAAAUCUUGAGUUUCCUCAGGCAAAAUGUUUCCUCCUGUAUGGUCCAUUUGGUGCAUUUUACUGACUCUACGCAUGUCAGCCUGUGUUUUGGAGAUUUCUGGAUAUGACAGCCAUGAAGUCAUUUGCUCACAGGGUCUCUCUGAUUGCACCAUAAAGGAUCAGACGCCUUAUACUGAAGCAGAGAAUGAUGCUGUGGAUGUCCGAAACCUGACGCCAUAUUUCAAGCUCUGCUGCAAGGACAGAACACCGUGUACAUUAUGUCUGGUGAUAGACACAGACAUCGAUAUCCAGCCGGACAAACACAUGGAGGAUGAAGGUCACUCUGGGCUUGAUGAGGAGGAUUACAGCCAGGAGACGAGGAAUCCAAAAGCAUCUGUGACAGUGUGUUACUAUGCAGUACCUACCGCGCUUACGUGCAAGAAGGUGGAGUUUACAGUUAAUCAUCCAGCUCUUAGUCAGCAAAACCAGGCAAAGCUUUCCAUUGUGAUUACUAAGCCAGUUGGGGUUUCCUUCAGCAGUCAAGUGAUUGUUUAUUCUUCUAAACCAUCACAUCUACUUCAAGAAGUUGUUGCUCCUUCUCUAGAUGAAGUGUGCUCCCCGGGGGUGCAGAAACGUGUGGAAGAGUGUCAUGUGCCCAGACUCAGCAGUGUAAUUAACCAAGAGAUGAAUCAGGUGGAGCUGCAGUUUGCUGGCAGCAAUGAGAGCCUCCCCUCUGUGUGCGUCCAGUAUGAGCAGAAUGGGAGAUGUCAGAAAUGGAACAGGACGAUCAUUCCUCUGUAUUCUGUGACCCCCUGCAUGUGUUUCCAGGUAUGGGAAGAGAAUGAUCAGAGGUCUAGGCGCUCUCUAAGCUGCCCCUUCAUUAACAUAGAUAUCUUCAAAAGGAACGUAUGGCAGAAUGUGUCAGUGUCUGUAGGCCAGGGUGAAAUGAACAACUACCGCACAAUGCUGUUGUGGAACCUGUCUGCCCCCUGCAGGCUGAAAGGUGAAGUGUGGCCCUGUCACAAAGAGAACAGCUGCAGGGAGAUUAAGGGCUUCAGACAACAGCUGGCAAAUGGCACAUGGAAACAAAACAGCAAGGGACAGUGGGAGAAAGUAGGGGUGUUUGAAGACAUCAACCUUCAGCGCUCACCAUGUGUGAUGGUGAAAGUAAAGGGAAUGGAAGAGCUGAUGGGUCCAUUCUGUUUUAAUAACACUGACAGGUGGCGCUGGAGUCUCCUGGUUGUUGGUGUUAUGCUGUUGGUUUGCUUGACUGUGCUAAUAUUAUAUCUCCGUCAUGACUUUGUCAAGAAAUGGGCGUGGAGCUGGCAUCAUGGUAGAUUUGUAGCGAUUGGCAGAAAUCGUCACGUGGUGUUGCUGAGCCCCCCAGAUGUGGAUGAUGGUGUUUCAGAGUCAGUAUGUCGGCUUGGGUCCCUGCUCUGCAACCAGGGCUUCAGUGUGUCUGUGGACCAGUGGAGCAGGAAGGAGCAGUGCACUCUGGGGCCUCUGCCAUGGCUGCACUCCCAGCUGCUGCAGCUGAAAAGCCAUGGCGGCCGAGUUGUGCUCGUCUUGACUCGCAAAGCCUUGGAGAGAGCAGAGGAGUGGACUCACAAAGGGGUUAUCAAGAUGAAGGGGGAAGACAAAGGUCUCCCUCAGAUGUGGUCCCCUUACUCUGAUGUGUUCACGGCCUCCCUGUGCCUCAUCCAAGCGGACAAGCAGCUGGGCAGAGCUGGGGAACGUUUCCUUCUGGUGAAAUUUGACUCACAUCCACGCAGUGACAGGAGUCUACCAGAGCUUCUUCAGGGGCUGCCCCUGCUCCAGCUUCCCUCUCAGACCCAGGCUCUCUUGACUGAGCUCACUGUGGGAGGGACAGGGAGGGGAUUAGGUAGAAGGACAUGGACAGGGUGGAAAUGGAGUGCCUCAGAUGGAUGGGGAUCAAAGACUAAAGAAGGGCCAGACUGUAAAUAUGUUGGAGUUUAGAAAAACUUGGAGACAAAGUUUUUGACGCACCCAUAAAUGUCAUGCUGAACAUUAUUGUUGCUCUGUGCAUAUGAAGGACAUGUUCAUCCAAAUUGUGGAGAUAAAUACAAUAAUCUAUAUUGUUCUUAAUGUCAACAAUAUGUUAGUUGGUCUUACAAUACUUUCCGACUUCACUUUCCUGUCUGGAGUUUUCAGCCCCAAACCCGUUCAUUUUUAGUGAAUAAUUUCCUAAAACUGCUGGGCACUGUACUUUUUAGCAAACAUUACUAUUUGUUUGGGACUAGUUUCAGCCGCAGUUGUUAAUGCCUGGCAUUGAUUGUGAAGUGGCUAGCUGGUUUCAGAGUUAUUUAACUGACCACAUGAAAUUUGUCAAGUCUGGUAAUGUUGUUUAUGAUCCUGUUGUCCUGAAAAGGGGAGUUCCCCAAGGAUCUAUUUUGGGGCCUCUUCUUUUUCUAUUAUAUAUCAACAUUUGUGUCCAGAUCAAACACUGUGUGUACCAUAUGUAUGCUGAUGAUACAGUCCUGUAUUCCUCUGCUCCUUCUUUUGAGAUUGCAGUUACCGAUUUGCAGUCUGACUCAAUGAUUUGAAAUUGCUUUUAAAUGCAAACAAAACUAAGGCUACGCUAUUUGUCCCCAGUAAUACCAAGGUUCCUUCCCUCUCUAUUAACACCCUUGAUGGUGUUGGUAUUGAGUUUGUCACUAUAAAUAUCUGGGCACUUGGUUGGACAAAAAUCUUAAUUUUAAGUAUCACAUUGAAACACUAAGAAACUCAAGUUCACGCUAAGUUUCUUAUAUAGGUUAAAGUAACCAUUCUCUCCAUCCUCACGUAAACGGCUGGUUAUAGGUCUAUUCCUGUCUCAGCUACACUACGGUGAUACCAUUUACAGAUUUGCUUGUCCCACUACUUUGGACUUACUUGAUCCACUGCUUUGAGAUAUAUUUCAAAUUCAGGCUACAGGACUCACGUGCUAUGUGUAGGAUGCAGCACUGAUAUAUAUGAAUGCACUUUUUGUGUUCAUUUAACCAAUGCUGUCCAUGCGUGGAUAUUACCUCUUAAUCUGUACCACUUGUAAUGUAUUUUGUAUUUUAUUGUAUGUAUGUUAUUGGCGUGCACUCUGACUUUGCUGUCUUCUUGGCCAGGUCACCACUGAAAAAGAGAUUCUAUCUCAACUGGUUUUUACCUGGUUAAAUACAGGUUAAACCUACCUACAGACUAAUUAUAUCCAUGUACUGUGAGUCUGUCAACACUUAAAUACUUACUCUAUAAAUACAUGUGCUUAUUUUUGUGCAUGGCGGAUCUCGGAUUGUGAUUGGCCAGCUCUCAGUGAAGGGCGGUGGAUCUAAUUGGUGUAAACUGGUGUCAGUUGAAGGACACAGAGAGAAGUGUUUGUUAAGAAUUUCAGUACAUUCCGGAGGGGCGGUGCUGUUCGACUGAUGCAUGCUCCGCUCGCUCGGAAUGUUUGGUUUAUUUUAUGUAAUCAAACACAAAGGAGAUCUGGAAAUGUGUCAAGCGCUGUUCGGCAUUAUUCACUGCAUCUAAAAACUUUACCAAAGACGACACGGUUCAGACCCAGUCGACGCACAAACUGUAGAGGAGGUAAAGAAAAACCCUAAUGUCUACAUUUUGUUUUGAGGUCCACUUAAAUGCUUGGUGCGUUGACUGUUCCAGUGUCAGUUUUACCGUGAGUUGAUUUGUCAGAACGUGACAUGAAAUUAUAUGAAAUUAUUUUUAAUGAUGGCCUCAUGUUUUUUUGAAAGAGACAGAAUGUACAGUUAAGAUAUAUGAAACAUCAAUAAAUGUUGUAGCAACAUAAUGAGCUACAAAGUUUUAGCAAAAGAA